UGGCCAUUUUCGGUAUAUUUCUUUUCGGUUCUUUUUUUUCUCGCCAAUCCAGAAUUUUAAUCUACUCAAGGUUAUUUAGUACAAGAUUACAGUGGAAGUUUGCUGUGUACCAAUUUUGAAAUUUAUUCUACAAUUUGGAAAUGCCCCGACGAUAUACCCCAAAACCAGAAAGUCGGAAGCUCUGCCAAUAUUCCGCCGAGAGCCUUCAAACAGCAAUUGUAGCCUGUGAGAGGGGGAUUCUCAGCCAGAGAAAGGCUUGUGAGCAAUUCGGAAUACCAAGAGGCACACUUCAGAAUCGACUUGCUGGUAGGUUCAAUAAGCAACAUGGUGGACAGACUGUCUUCGACUCCGAAGAAGAACUAAUAUUUGCUGAAUAUCUAACUUUGUUGUCCACAUGGGGAUUCCCCUUAGAUGCAUUUGAUUUCCGUUGCAUUGUAAAGUCAUAUCUUGAUAAAUGUAAGAGAACUGAGAAGAGGUUUAAGAACAACUUGCCGAGCAGUGACUGGGUGAAUUGCUUUGUGAAACGUCACAAAGGCAGGCUUACUUCUCGAUUUUGCCAAAAUAUAAAAGUUAAGCGAGCAGAGGUGUCGGCAGAGUCAUUAAAUCAAUAUUUCGACAAUCUUGAGGCUAGUUUAGCUGAUGUUCCAAGUAGUAAUAUUCUGAAUUAUGAUGAAACGAAUCUGACAGAUGACCCUGGAAAAAAAAAAUGUAUAUUUCGUAGAGGAUCCAAAUAUCCUGAAAGGAUUAUGAAUUCAACAAAAUCCUCGACGUCACUUAUGUUUACUGCCACUGCCUCUGGUAGAUUACUUCCACUAUAUGUUGUUUAUAGAUCCAAGCAUCUGAUGAACACUUGGACAGAAUCAGGUCCAAAAAAUGCCAGAUAUAACCGGUCCAAGUCUGGAUGGUUUGAUAAUGUCUGUUUUACAGAUUGGUUUAAAAGUGUUGUCCUGCCAUGGGCACAGGAUCUUCCAGGGAAAAAAGUUGUUCUUGGGGAUAAUUUGUCAUCCCAUUUUUCAGUUGAAGUUUUAAAACUUUGUAAAGAACAUAACAUUGAGUUCAUUUGUUUCCCAGCUAAUAGUACUCACCUGUGUCAGCCACUAGAUGUGAGUGUCUUUUCAUCUGUCAAGGUUGCAUGGAGGUCAAUUCUCACUGAAUGGAAGGAAGGGCCUGGACGUAAGGCUGCAUGUAUAACAAAAGACGUUUUUCCCAGACUUCUAAAGAAACUAGUUGACAGAAACACUACCAUGUCAUCCAAUAUCAUUAGUGGAUUCAAAAAAACUGGCAUCUUCCCACUUAACAGAGAAGAAGUAAUUGACAGACUACCAAAUACAACCAAUAAUACUGUUCGUGUUGAUAUUUUUUCUGAUGUAUUCCUUAAUUCAUUAGAUAAUCUUCGUUACAGCCAAGAAACACCUACUAUUCGCCGAAAACGUGUAUCCGUUGAACCUGGAAAGAGUAUAUCGGCUGAUGAUCUGGAAACUGGUGGUCCAUCAUCAAGCAAAUGUAAGAAAACAAAGGAUGUUUUAGAAGAACCUGCAUCCAGUAAUCUUGAAUCCUCUGAUGACGAAUCAUCUUGUUCUAGUCUAUCGUCAAAUGAUUCUGUCGCUCCUGAUGAUAAUUUUGAGGUCGCUGUUGGCAAAUGGGUCAUCGUUCGAUAUCUUGUUAAAUCCCGAUGUAUCCAUUACAUUGGUCGUAUUAUUGAUACCACUUUAUCAGAUGAUGACGAAUCCAGAGAAAAUGAAAUUCUGUUUUAUGUUAUAAGCUUCCUGCGAAAGUCAAAGAGAGUUGCGAAUACCUUUGUGCCACCAAUAAAAGAAGACAUUGAUACUAUUAAGUGGGCUGAUAUCCUUAAAGUGUUGCCAUUCCCAACCAUAUCAAAAAGAAAUCACCAUAAAUUUCAAGUUAAUUUUGAUGGAUAUAAUUUACAAUGA